CCGAAAAUGGAUAAAAACGGCUACUUUUUCUACGUGACUUCGACGGCGAAGAAGAAAAAGAUCAGUCUAAUGCAACCGAAGCCUCCACGAGUCGCGUUCGUUGACGAAAAGAUGGAAACGCGUAGGCCGGGGGUAGCUGAGAGAAUUUACCAACAAGUUAGUGUAGCUCCGACUGCCGGGGAGUACGGACGUGUCGACUCUAUGACGCAACGAGGUCCAUCGCCCGCGCCACGCGCGCGCUUGUACUCGCAACUGGAGAGUUACCAGCCGAGAUACCACACGAUACGCGAAAACUAUGGGAAUAAAUACGGUGAGAGUGAGAAAAGAGAUAGUGAGUGCCGUAGGAGGAAAAAGGAGCAGAGGAUUGCACCUGGACAUUCUCAGGUUGUUUUAAGGGCAUCGUCAACAAAAUGCAGUGGAGGCUCCCCACACCGCGAGAGACGACGUCGGGACGAGGACGUGACAUCACUCAGCGGUUUUGCUGCAGCAUUACACCGCACCCCGCCCCCGCCCCCACCGGCUCUGCUGCGAAGGCUUGGAGUCAAAGAACCUACGGGCGUUGGAAAGGUCAAAGUGAUGCUUCGUGUCGGUGCCACGGGAGAAGGUCCUUUUACAUCAGGCACUCAGACCUUCAAUCUGGACAAGCGCAAGAAACAAGUAAGCCUUUGCGAAAACGCUGCAGCCGCUACCACUGCACCCGAAGAUAGAAAAGUUGGUGUUGCUGCUCCGAAGAUGUUUGCAUUCGAUGCUAUAUUCUCACAGGAUGAUCCACAGACGGAGAUCUGCUCGAGCGCUUUAACUGACGUCAUCCAUGCCGUCAUCAACGGCACGGACGGUUGCCUCUUCUGCUUUGGACACGCGGGACUUGGUAAAUCCUACACAAUGUUGGGGCGUCCGGACAAUACAGGGACUCUUGGAGCCAUCCCUUGUGCCAUUACUUGGUUGUUCAGGGGGAUCCAGGAGCAACGUCACAAAUGCGGCACUCGAUUCUCAGUCAGAGUUUCCGCCGUUGAGCUGUGCACAAACACCAAUCAGAUCAGAGAUCUGUUAGCGCCAUAUCAUAACGAUACGGAGCAGUCACCAGGAGUAUAUUUGCGAGACGAUCCUCUCUUUGGCACUCAUCUUCAGAACCAAUCCGAACUACGAGUCCACAGUGCAGAAAAGGCAGCUUUCUACCUCGACGCUGCCUUGGCCACACGAGGGGCUAGGGAAGAAGGGAAAGACAGCCAUCUAUUGUACACUUUACACGUCUAUCAGUACAGUGUUGGAGGAAAAGGUGCAGUUGCUGGAGGCCGGAGCCGUUUACACCUCAUCGACUUAGGAAAUUCAGAGAGAGGAAAAACAAACGGCGGAAUACCACUCUCUGGACUUGGAAAUAUUCUGCUUGCAAUAUUCAACGGUCAGAGACACUUGCCAUACAGAGACCAUAAUCUUACACAUGUGUUGAAGGAAUGCCUCGGUUCCUUAACGUGUCACACAGCUAUGAUUGUUCAUGUAUCGCCGACAGUGCAGAAUUAUUCCGAUACAUUAACUACGCUGCAACUAGCGUCUAGAAUACACAGGCUAAGAAGGAGAAAAAUUAAAUACUCGUCGAAUAAUAAUGCUGGGUCUGGUGGCAGUUCUGGCGAAGAUGCAUCGAAACCUAGUAGCAGUGAGCCAGAUCCCUCUAGCAGUGACCUUUCAGCCGAUACUGUAAUUUACGUGGGCCCCUUAGAUGACGCCACUGAUGGGGAACAUCCACCAGUGUACAUACCUCACAUAAAUUCUGGUGACAAUAGAUGCGUCCUAAGUAAAGCUUUGAGAGGCUCGGCAGCUGAACACAAACAUAAAUCCUCACUCUCAAAAGUUGUCGAGGAAAAAAGUCCAGUUCACAAAUUACAUUCAUCGCCAAAAUCUUCACCGUUAAAAAGCGCAAUUUAUUCCUCGGUACAUACACCGAAAUCAUCACCUGUUCAUUCGGUUACAUCAAAAUCUACACCUGUGAAGAAACCGUGCCCAAAACAAACGGAAACUAGUGAUGAACAAUGGAUUGACGGCCCAAGAAUAUCCAAGUCCAAACUAGUCGAGGCACGACACAUAAUCAAGGAGACACAAAGUAACAAACGCGAGACAUGGAUAGAUGGACCGAUGCAAGAACCCAAAAUACCCUUGCAAUUUGAACCAUUACCAAUGCCUAUUAAUGCUGUUCCUCUACAGCUGGGCGUACUGAACUCUUAUGGAAAUGAGAAUGUUGGCUACGGAUACAUGGAUAAUCACAAAAAGAACAUGAUAAGAAAGUGGGUUGAAAAUCAGACUACACAGAUCCAAAAAUCGAGACACAAUUCACCAAACCAUAAGGUCCAUGCAAGUCAUAAAGAUUCUGGGCAACGAUUAUCAGAUAUACCAGACACUUCACAGAGAAUAGAGCCUAUUUUGAAAGACUCCAAACGUGUACAUGUUGAAGAAUCGACGAUACGAACAGGAUUGAAAGCAGGUUCUAAAGGAAUGUCAAUUGAAGAAGAAAAUGUUGAACCUCUAAUCAAUGAACAAAAUAUGACACCUAAAAAAGCUAAUACUAGCAAACCUCUUACAAAAAACGAAGUAGAUGAAGACGAUGAUAGCGAAGAAUUAGCAGAAAUUCCGCCAGCAUUACCUUUAAUACAACCAAGUAGUUUGAGUAGUAGGGAAGUGUCAAUGGAAAGCCUAGACAGCAAGUACAAAGAACGUUUACGAAUGAAUGACGAAUUAGUAUCUAACCAUAGUAGAGGUAUUGAUGUACAUGGUAUGAGUAAAGGACCUGCUGAGGAAGAAGACGAAAUAUUGGAAAUAAUAGAAGUGGAAGAACCACUGGAACUUGUUCCAAUGCAAGACAGUUGUCUUCAGGUCACUGAAGAAGACAUUGCUUUCUGCAUGGGUUUAGAACAUCCUUUCUUAGAACUAGACCCUGAAGAUCCCGAUGAUCAUCCUCUACGAAUAUUAAGCCAAGAAAACCUCACUGUAGCUUCAACAUUUACCGAUACACUAUCACUCUACAGUGAAGUUGAAAGGCAAAUCCGAAACGAAGCUUAUUUUAGGCAAACAAUGGGAUUUUAUGCAGAACUAAGUGAUAUAAAUCCCCACGAGAGUUUGCCUUCCUCGAGAUCUAGACUUGACGAUUUAAUCGGUCUAGCUGAAUUAUAUGGAUCACGUAGAUUAUUAGAUAAUAAUGAAGUACCAGCAUCCAGAAUCGUUCCACAAUUUCAAUCUCUAUCACUAUGUAAUGUCCGAGAUACAGAGGAAUUUCACGGAGACGGUUCUGUUUAUAGUGAACCUGCAUAUCGUCCGAGUGAUAAAAUAUGUGAUAGCUGCAAACGGACUAUGUCUAGGCCAGGCAGUGCAGUAGGAGAUUGUAGUGCAUAUCAUGACUUAGAAGUUACUCAUAAUGACGCGUAUGGUCCAUUUGAACGGUAUCGAGGAAAUGACAUAACUGAUGCACGAAUUGCUUCAUUAAGACAUCCAGAUGGUGCAUCAGAUCCUAACCUGAGAGAAGAAAGAAGGAUACCAGGUAGUGGUGCUCCUAUGGCGAACUUCAAAGAACUAAAAUCAAACUUACAUUUAGAAGUGACGCCUCCUGUAGUUACUACAGAACCACGUUCAGAGAAAAUUGAGAAAGGGGAUAAAAUUGUAGCAAAAGUAGCGGCGAGUUCCAAGCCUGAUGGAUACGAUAGUGGUCAUGAAUCCACACCAAGGACUGGCAAACAUAGUCCUGCUGCGACGUCAAGACGUGCUGAAUCAGGAUAUGACUCAGUCCCUAGAGAUUCUGACGCUUCAUCUCUGGACUCUUACCCGACAAGGCGAGCCGCAGUAGCGCGAGCUCAUGCAAAAAAACACACAACCGCUAAAUACAAACAACAUAGCGACCGCUCGUUCUGCUCGUGGCUCCGUAACCCUUUCACAUGCAAAUAUGCCGACACCGACCCUGAAAUCAGUGACUUUUAAAACAAAGAACAAUCGCAAGGUACAGUACCUUGUAUUUUCUAAAAUUCUAAAUACUAUGAUAUCAUUAAGCUACGUUACCGAAUUUAAUCUGGAGACUGCUUUUGUACCCUAAACGUGAAAUAUUUUAUGUAAGGGCUUUCGCACGUUGACUUGAGGAGGUUACCGCAGUAUUUUUCUAAUCCCAAUGGAAGCUUCUUCGUACUCUGAAGUCUAUUUUUAAAAAAGCUAAUAAACAUUAUCGACUAGGUUAUUAGUAACUCUUUGUAAAUACAGUUGCAACGAAUACCGUUAACUGAAUCUGUUAAAUGUAAACUUCAGCUCACUUUUGUACUUUUAUAUUUAUGACCUCGUUAUUAUAUUAGUGAUUUUGUUUCAUAAAAGUAGCUUUUAUACUCAAGAUGUGAAGUAACCUGAAGAGCGUCUUCCGUUGUCUUCCCUUGCCUGUGACUUCAUCUAUAUAUCGAGGAAUAUCUGUCAUAUUUUCUACUUUCACCCAGGCACAUACCCAACAAUCAUGUUAUUUGACACUUUAAUUCCCAUCAUCAGGAACAAUAACCUCAUCUUUAUACAGCUUUAUCCUGAUAUUGGAAUAAAAGUGAUAAUCCUCUGUAAAUUAAUGGCUCGUUUUUAGAUCUAAGACUGUUGUGUCAUUGGCCAUGUUUAAAAUAGCUUUAAUAUUUUGACAUUGUAUUAAACGUUCACUAUAUCAAAGUCGGCAUGUCUGUUUGUAAAUACAUAUUGUUGAUCAUUCUUGAACGCGGUUUCCUAACCUAUGCUUUUGAAAAUUUACUAUUAUACAUUCCUUGAUUUCAUUUUUAUAUUGUUCACAAUCCACGCGCAUCUUUAUGGCCGUGUGUGGAUAGAACUA